AUGUCUGAUCGAUUAGAUAAUGCCAUUGUCGGUGAAUUGAGGAACAACCAUUACGAAAACGAUAUACAUUAUACUUUACAGAUGUGCCAGUGGCUUUUGAAAGCGAUCGGUUUGUGGCCUCUCAUUUAUAGUUACACCAGCAAGCUGGAACAGCUCGUGUCCAUCUUUUUGAUGACUGUUUGCUUGUUCAGUAUGUUAUUCAUUAUUCUACCAUCCGGCCACCAUGCGUUCUUUGUGGACAAAAGAAUAGAAACGAAGCUACAGAUGUUUGGCCCAGUUGGUUUUUGUUUAUCAUCCGCGAUUAAAUACUGCUAUAUUGGCCUGAAAGGACCCUACCUCGAGCGUUGUAUGCAACAUGUGAGAAAGGACUGGAAAAUGGUGCAGGAUCCGAAUCACCGAGCGAUCAUGCUGAAGUACGUGACUAUCAGCAGAAAACUCAUCACCGUGUGCGCUGUCUUCUUGUAUACCGGCGGAAUGUCUUUCCACACGGUGAUGCAAUUAUUAUCGACGGAGAGGAAUAAAGAGAACAUCACGCUAAAGCCCUUAACCUAUGCUGGUUACGAUUCAUUCCUUGACGUACAGUCUAGUCCUGCAUAUGAAAUCGUGUUUUUCCUCCACUGUUUCGCCGGGAUGGUUAUGUACAGCGUCGCAACCGCCGCGUAUAGUUUCGCUGCAAUUUUUGUUACUCACAGCUGUGGUCAAAUCGAGAUACAAUUAUCAAAGCUGCAAAAUUUGGUAAAAAAGAAAGAAGAAGGGAAGAAGAACGGUAGCGAUUCUAUCGUUACUAUCGUACGAGAUCACGUGGAAAUUUUAGGAUUCUCCAACAAUAUAGAAGAAGCUUUACGCGAAAUAUGUUUCAUGGAAAUUAUAGAAUCCACGUUAAAUAUGUGUUUACUCGAAUAUUACUUCAUAACGGAAUGGCAAAACAGCGAUACUAUCGCGAUGUUAACUCUCUUUACCUUGCUGAUUUCUUUUACAUUUAAUAUAUUCAUAUUUUGCUACAUUGGCGAAACUCUUACUGAGCAGUGUAGCCAAAUUGGUACAAUUUCAUAUGAAAUCAAUUGGUAUGAUUUGCCAGCUAAAGAAGCUUACGAUCUUAUUCUACUGAUCUCUGUAUCCCAGAAUCCACCAAAACUCACAGCUGGGAAAAUGGUCGAUUUAUCGUUGAACACGUUCAGCUCUGUAGUGAAAACGUCGGUAGCUUAUUUGAAUUUAAUUCGAACAGUUGCAGUCUGCCUUUCUCUUCACUCUGAUACAGUGUGUGUGCUACAUAUAGUGUUGGAACAAAAGGAUCAGUUGCUACGAUUGAAGUUGUCAGGUUUGACAUCCUUCUCUUUCAUCUCCUUAAUGAAGUAUUGGGUUCUAACAAUGCGUAAACCAAAAAUCGAACACUGUAUCAAGCAGGUAUAUUCUGAUUGGAAGCAGGUAGAGGAUCAGAAAGAUCGCGAGCAUAUGUUAAAAUAUGGAAAAAUCGGUCGAAAUCUGACCAUGUGUAGUGUUAUUUUCAUGUACAGUGGUGGCAUAAUUUAUCACACGAUCAUGCAGUAUGAUAUGGGAUCAUACGUUGACGAAUAUAAUCGAACGAUAAAAUUGCUGGUUUAUCCUACCCGUGACAACUGGUGCUUGUGGACUGGCUGCACUUUUCUGAAUGAUUUGGUUGACGGAAAAUUUUCGAAGGGAAAUUCUAAUUCAUACAUACGGCUGACAAAAUUUAUCAAACGCCAUAUAAGGAUUUUAAGAUUUUCUGAGAUGGUUGGGACAGUUCUGCAGGAAGUGUGCUUCUUAGAAUUCAUUGGUACCACUUUCGUAAUAUGCUUGCUUGAAUACUAUUGCUUGACAGAUUGGGAACAAAAUAAUAUCAUUGGUUUGUCAACGUACACGUUACUCUUAAUAUCCUUGACGUUUAACAUGUUCUUACUGUGCUUCAUUGGGAAUCUUUUAAUAGAAAAGAGUAGUAUCGUUGGAGAAUUUUGUUACAUGACCGAUUGGUACAAUUUAUCAACCCAGAUGACCAAAGGACUCACUUUGAUUAUCGCCUUGUCACAUAUCCCGGCGAAAAUUAGCGCCGGUAGAAUAAUUUAUUUGUCCCUGCCUACUUUCGUAGAUGUUCUGAAAACGUCAUUUGCGUAUUUAAAUUUCCUUCGGAAAGCGGUUGUAUAA